CAGCCCGCGGGUCUCAGACCCAGGGGCUGGGCCCCGAGCCCCCCGCCCCGGCCCCGGCUGGGUCGAGCCAUGCUGCGCUACCUGCUCAAAACGCUGCUGCAGAUGAACUUGUUCGCGGACUCUCUGGCUGGAGACAUCUCCAACUCCAGCGAGCUGCUCUUGGGCUUCAACUCCUCGCUGCCGACGCUCAACCACACCCUGCCGCCGCCCGGCGAUCCCUCUCUCAACGGGUCACGAGUCGGGCCGGAGGACGCCAUGCCGCGCAUCGUGGAGCAGCCACCAGAUCUACUGGUCUCCCGGGGCGAGCCGGCCACGCUGCCCUGCCGCGCCGAGGGCCGACCCCGACCCAACAUCGAGUGGUACAAGAACGGGGCGCGCGUGGCCACUGCGCGCGAAGACCCGCGCGCGCAUCGCCUGCUGCUUCCCAGCGGUGCCCUCUUCUUCCCGCGCAUCGUGCACGGGCGCCGCGCGCGGCCGGACGAGGGUGUCUACACUUGCGUGGCUCGAAACUACCUGGGGGCAGCAGCCAGUAGAAACGCCUCGCUGGAAGUGGCAGUCCUUCGAGAUGAUUUCCGCCAGUCUCCUGGGAACCUGGUGGUGGCAGUAGGGGAGCCAGCAGUCCUGGAAUGCGUGCCCCCCCGCGGCCACCCGGAGCCCUCCGUGUCUUGGAAGAAGGAUAGUACAAGAGUCAAGGAGGAGGAGGGAAGGAUCACGAUCCGUGGAGGGAAGCUGAUGGUGUCACAUACACUCAAGAGUGAUGCAGGGAUGUAUGUGUGUGUGGCUUCCAACAUGGCAGGAGAACGGGAGAGUGGGGCAGCUGAACUUGUGGUACUGGAGCGUCCCUCAUUCCUGCGUAAACCAGUGAAUCAAGUGGUCCUGGCUGAUGAGCCUGUGAAUUUCCUGUGUGAGGUGCAUGGGGAUCCCCCACCUCGUCUACGCUGGCGCAAGGAAGAUGGAGAACUGCCCACGGGCAGGUAUGAGAUCCGGAGUGAUCACAGCCUUUGGAUUGGGCGUGUGAGUGCUGAAGAUGAGGGGACAUAUACCUGUGUGGCGGAGAACAGCGUGGGCCGUGUGGAAGCAUCUGCCUCCCUCAGUGUUCACGUCCCACCUCAGUUGGUGACCCAGCCCCAGGACCAGAUGGCAGCUCCUGGAGACAGUGUGACCUUCCAGUGUGAGACCAAAGGAAACCCUCCACCUGCCAUCUUCUGGCAGAAGGAGGGGAGUCAGGUCCUGCUUUUCCCCAGUCAGUCACGUCAGCCUUUGGGGCGCUUCUCAGUCUCUCCAAGAGGCCAGCUCAACAUCACUGAAGUGCAGAGUGGGGACGCUGGCUACUACGUGUGCCAGGCUGUCAGUGUGGCUGGCAGCAUCUUGGCCAAGGCCUUAUUGGAGGUCAAAGGAGCUUCCUUGGAUGGGCUGCCUCCUGUCAUCCUCCAGGGACCAGCCAAUCAGACGCUGGCACUUGGAUCCUCUGUGUGGCUGCCAUGCAGAGUGACCGGAAGCCCUCAACCCAGUGUCCGGUGGAAGAAGGAUGGGCAGUGGCUGCAGGGGGAUGACCGCCAGCUCAACUUAAUGGCCAAUGGUACCCUAUACAUAGCCAACAUGCAGGAGAUGAACAUGGGUUUCUACAGCUGUGUGGCCCAGAGUUCCAUAGGGGAGGCCACAUGGAGUGGCUGGCUUAAGAUUCAUGAAGACUGGGGAGUAUCACCAGCCCCCCCUACAGAACCCAGGACUCCUCCAGGUCCUCCUUCUCAGCCAGUGGUCACUGAGAUCACCAAGAACAGCAUUACCCUGACCUGGAAGCCCAAUCCUCAGGCUGGGGCCACAGUCACCUCAUAUGUGAUAGAGGCCUUCAGCCAAGAAGCUGGCAACACAUGGCGGACAGUGGCAGAUGGUGUACAGCUGGAGACACACACGGUCAGUGGUCUGCAGCCCAAUACCAUCUACCUGUUCCUGGUGCGAGCUGUGGGAUCCUGGGGCCUCAGUGAGCCCAGCCCUGUCUCAGAGGCUGUUCGCACGCAGGAUAGCAGCCCGCCCAGGCCCGUGGAGGAUCCAUGGAGAGGCCAACGGGGACUGGCUGAAGUAGCUGUGCGCGUGCAGGAGCCUGUAGUCCUUGGGCCCCGGACCCUGCAGGUGUCCUGGACUAUGGAUGGUCCAGUCCAACUGGUGCACGGUUUUCGGGUGUCUUGGAGAGUAGCUGACCAUGAUGGGGGAAGCUGGACAGUGCUGGACCUACAAACCCAAGGCCAGCAAAGUACUGUACUAAGAGGACUCCCCCCAGGGACCCAAAUCCAGAUCAAGGUGCAAGCCCAAGGCCAGGAGGGGCUGGGAGCUGAAAGUCCCUUUGUGACCAAGAGUAUUCCCGAGGAGGCCCCCAGCGGUCCCCCCCAGGGAGUGGCAGUGGCCUUGGGGGGUGAUGGCAACAGCAGUAUCACUGUGUCCUGGGAACCUCCACUCCCUUCUCAGCAAAAUGGGGUCAUCACAGAAUACCAGAUCUGGUGCCUGGGCAAUGAGAGCCGCUUCCACCUCAACCGGUCUGCGGCGGGCUGGGCACGUUCCGCGAUGCUCCGGGGACUCUUGCCCGGUCUCCUCUACAGAACCCUCGUGGCGGCGGCCACCAGCGCUGGCGUGGGCGUGGCCAGUGCCCCUGUGCUGGUGCAGCUGCCAUCCCCGCGGGAACUGGAGCCGGGGCUGGAGGCGAGCCCCGGGCUGGCGGAGCGGCUGGCGAGGGUGCUGCGGGAGCCGGCUUUCCUGGCGGGCAGCGGCGCCGCCUGCGGGGCACUGCUGCUCGGGCUCUGCGCCGCCCUCUACCGGCGCCGGAGGCAGCGCAAAGAGCUCAGUCAUUACACGGCCUCUUUUGCCUACACACCUGCAGUGUCCUUCCCACACUCAGAGGGCCUCUCUGGAGCCAGUUCCAGGCCACCCAUGGGCCUUGGCCCUGCCCCCUACCCAUGGCUGGCAGACUCAUGGCCCCACCCAUCUAGAAGUCCCUCAGCCCAGGAACCCAGGGGAAGCUGCUGCCCUAGCAAUCCUGACCCGGACGACAGAUAUUACAAUGAAGCAGGAAUCUCCCUAUACCUGGCUCAGACGGCCCGGGGCACGGCUGCUCCCGGCGAGGGUCCUGUCUACAGCACCAUUGACCCAGCUGGGGAGGAGCUGCAGACCUUCCAUGGGGGUUUCCCCCAACAUCCCUCAGGGGAUCCAGGCACCUGGAACCAAUAUGCUCCUCCAGAGUGGAGCCAGGGGGACAAUGGAGCCAGGGGAGGCAAAGUGAAACUUCUGGGAAAAACAGUGCAGAUGCCCUCUCUGAGUUGGCCAGAAGCCCUGCCCCCACCUCCCUCUUCCUGUGAACUGAGCUGCCUAGAGGGGCCUGAGGAAGAACUGGAGGGCAGUUCAGAGCCAGAGGAGUGGUGUCCACCAGUGCCUGAGAGAAGCCACCUGACUGAGCGCAGCUCCAGUGGAGGGUGUCUGGUCGCUCCAUCUCGAGGGGAAUGCCCCUCUCCCACAUCCUCCUAUGGACAGCAGUCCACAGCCACUCUUACCCCCUCACCUCCUGAUCCUUCCCAGCCCCCCACUGACAUAUCCCAUCUCCAUCAGAUGCCCAGGAGGGUGCCCCUUGGACCAAGUUCCCCUCUCAGUGUAUCCCAGCCCACUCUGGGCAGCCAUGAAGGGAGGCCUCCUGGCCUGGGCGCUGGCCCCACAGUCUCCCAUCACCUCAGCCCCAGCCCUGCCCCUAGUACAGCCAGCAGUGCCCCAGGGAGAACCCGGCAGGGGGCUGGGGAGAUGACUCCCCCACUUCAAGGACCCCGUGCCCGAAUUCGGAAGAAACCCAAGGCUCUUCCCUAUAGGAGGGAGCACAGUCCUGGAGACUUGCCCCCACCACCCUUGCCACCGCCAGAGGAAGAGGCAAGCUGGGCCUUGGGGCUGAGAGCAGCAGGCAGCACAUCCUCCUUGGAACGGGAGCGCAGUGGGGAGAGGAGAGCAGCACAGGCCAUGCCCCUAGGGGCCCAGCGGGGGCCCCACCCAGAGGAAGAGGCCUGGCUCCCGUUCAGCAAACCAAGCUUCCUGUCUCGGGGCCAGGGCACAAGCACCUGUUCCACAGCUGGCAGCAACUCUUCCAGAGGCUCCAGCAGCUCUCGGGGCUCCCGUGGCCCUGGCCGGAGUCGGAGCCGGAGCCGGAGCCAGAGCCAAAGGCCAGGACAGAAACGUCGAGAGGAACCAAGAUGACCCUUGAUGAGGCAAUGAGAAUACUGGGGGUUCCAUGGGAAUGAGAAUAGGAGUUCCUCCCAUGGUCAGGGAGGGUGGGAGCAAAGAGGAGCAGGGAUGGGUGUCUCUUCCCUCCCAGCAGUGAUGUGUGGGGCUCACAGAAGCCCAUCAGCUUCCACAGCUUCCAUUGGCUGAGAAGCCAGAGAGCCAGCUCUUUCCUUUUCAUCUCUUUCUGAGACCUGUUUGUAAAAAAAACCAAAACAAUAAAAAGAGUUUGAUCAGA